CCACGGGAAGCUUGGAUGCCAAAGAGAAGACGGCAGGGUCCUCUGGAGAGGACUAUUCUCUGCAAUAUUUCUGAGGUAUUUGUGGAAUAACUACAGCCUCAGAUACUGGGGACUUUACAGUCCCACAGAACCGUCCUCCCAGGAAGCUGAACCCACCAAGAACAAUGGAGGCCAGCGGGAAGCUCAUUUGCAGACAAAGGCAAGUCCUUUUUUGCUUUCUCCUUUUGGGCUUAUCUCUGGCGGGCGCGGCGGAACCUAGACGCUAUUCUGUGGUGGAGGAAACUGAGGGCAGUUCCUUUGUCACCAAUUUAGCAAAGGACUUGGGUCUGGAGCAGAGGGAAUUCUCCAGGCGGGGGGUUAGGGUUGUUUCCAGAGGGAACAAACUACAUUUGCAGCUCAAUCAGGAGACCUGCGAUUUGUUGCUCAUUGAGAAAUUGGACCGUGAGGAUCUGUGCGGUCACACAGAGCCCUGUGUGCUACAUUUCCAAGUGUUGCUAGAGAGUCCCUUCGAGUUUUUUCAAGCUGAGCUACAGGUAAUAGACAUAAACGACCAUUCUCCAGUAUUUCUGGACAAAGAAAUGUUGGUGAAAGUGUCAGAGAGCAGUCCUCCUGGGACUACGUUUCCUCUGAAGAAUGCUGAAGACUUAGAUGUAGGCCAAAACAAUAUUGAGAACUAUGUAAUCAGCCCCAAUUCCUAUUUUCGGGUCCUCACCCGCAAACGCAGUGAUGGCAGGAAAUAUCCAGAGCUGGUGCUGGACAAAGCGCUGGACCGAGAGGCAGAAGCUGAACUCAGGUUAACACUCACAGCACUGGAUGGUGGCUCUCCGCCCAGAUCUGGCACUGCUCAGGUCUACAUUGAAGUCCUGGAUGUCAACGAUAAUGCCCCUGAAUUUGAGCAGCCUUUCUAUAGGGUGCAGAUCUCUGAGGACAGUCCAAUAGGCUUCCUGGUUGUCAAGGUCUCUGCCACGGAUGUAGACACAGGAGUCAACGGAGAGAUUUCCUAUUCACUUUUCCAAGCUUCAGACGAGAUUGGUAAAACCUUUAAGAUCAAUCCCUUGACAGGAGAAAUUGAACUAAAAAAACAACUCGAUUUCGAAAAACUGCAGUCCUAUGAAGUCAAUAUUGAGGCAAGAGAUGCUGGAACCCUUUCUGGAAAAUGCACCAUUCUGAUUCAAGUGAUGGAUGUGAAUGACCAUGCCCCAGAAGUUACCAUGUCUGCAUUUACCAGCCCAAUACCUGAGAACGCGCCUGAAACUGUGGUUGCACUUUUCAGUGUUUCAGAUCUUGAUUCAGGAGAAAAUGGGAAAAUAAGUUGCUCCAUUCAGGAGGAUCUACCCUUCCUCCUGAAAUCCGCGGAAAACUUUUACACCCUACUAACGGAGAGACCACUAGACAGAGAAAGCAGAGGGGAAUACAACAUCACUAUCACUGUCACUGAUUUGGGGACCCCUACGCUGAAAACACAGCUCAACAUAACCGUGCUGGUCGCCGAUGUCAAUGACAACGCCCCCGCCUUCACCCAAACCUCCUACACCCUGUUCGUCCGCGAAAACAACAGCCCCGCCCUGCACAUCGGCAGCAUCAGCGCCACAGACAGAGACUCAGGCACCAACGCCCAGGUCACCUACUCGCUGCUGCCACCCCAGGACCCGCACCUGUCCCUCACCUCCUUGGUCUCCAUCAACGCGGACAACGGCCACCUGUUUGCCCUCAGGUCUCUGGACUACGAGGCCCUGCAGGAGUUCGAGUUCCGCGUGGGCGCCACAGACCGCGGCUCCUCGGCGCUGAGCAGCGAGGCGCUGGUGCGCGUGCUGGUGCUGGACGCCAACGACAACUCGCCCUUCGUGCUGUACCCGCUGCAGAACGGCUCUGCGCCAUGUACCGAGCUGGUGCCCCGGGCGGCCGAGCCGGGCUACCUGGUGACCAAGGUGGUGGCGGUGGACGGUGACUCGGGCCAGAACGCCUGGCUGUCGUACCAGCUGCUCAAGGCCACGGAGCCCGGGCUGUUCCGCAUGUGGGCGCACAAUGGCGAGGUGCGCACCUCCAGGCUGCUGAGCGAGCGCGACGCGGCCAAGCACAGGCUGGUGGUGCUGAUCAAGGACAAUGGCGAGCCUCCGCGCUCGGCCACCGCCACGCUACACGUGCUCCUGGUGGACGACUUCUCCCAGCCCUACCUGCCGCUCCCGGAGGCGGCCCCGGCCCAGGCCCAGGCCGACUCGCUCACCGUCUACCUGGUGGUGGCGUUGGCCUCGGUGUCUUCGCUCUUCCUCUUUUCAGUGCUCCUGUUCGUGGCGGUGCGGCUGUGCAGGGGGAGCAGGGCGGCCUCGGUGGGUCGCUGCUCUGUGCCCGAGGGCCACUUUCCAGGGCAUCUGGUGGACGUGAGCGGCACCGGGACCCUAUCCCAGAGUUACCAGUAUGAGGUGUGUCUGGCAGGAGGCUCAGGGACAAAUGAGUUCAAGUUCCUGAAGCCUAUUAUCCCCGACUUCCCUCCCCAGUUCCCUGGGAAAGAAAUACAGGGAAAUUCUACCUUUUCCAAUAACUUUGGGUUCAACAUUCAGUGACCAUAGUCGACUUUUAUAUUCCAUAGGUAUUUUAUUUUAUGGCAUUUCUAUGCCAAUGUUUAUUUCCCCCAAUUUGUGUGUAUUUAAAACUAUACUUAUUUACUCCUGAUUUUUCUCAUGUUCUUUCUCCCUUUGCUAUUAAGUGAACAUUUACUUUUAUUCCCGGUUCGUAAAAGAUGGCAAUUCAUUCUUUAACCUAGAUGGUCUUAAUUUGCAAUUAAUUUGCCUCCCUAAAGAGCAAUACCAAGUCACAUUUUUUUUUCAUGCCCCUAUCUUUAGUUGAACUUCACCCACUGUUAUGCUUAUGGUAAAAUUAAAUAGAGCAAUUUAGAAGUGAUUCACAUUUUCCAGCAUUUCUUCAUUUCUCUUUUUUUAGUCUUAAAAUAAUGAUUGGUAUUCAGAUAUAUCAUUUUUCUGUUUUUAAAUCCAGUGUGUUUUUAGUUAACCUUUAACUAUGCUUUUUGCUUUCAAAAGUAAACCAGGAAACCUAUAUCCUA